UCUUCAACAGUAGAACUUGAUAACUGUAAUUUCUCUGUUUUGUCCGAGUGCUGUGUUGAUUGUGCCAAGGAAGGAAACUGAAACUAUGAAAAGUUGAAAGGGAACAAAUGUAAAAGAAGCAGUUGCAUUGAUAUAAUGAUUACGAUAUAAAAGGUGGCGGUGGCGGUGGGGAUGCGGGAAUAGCUUUGUCUGUCCAAUUUCCAAAUCGACAUCGAACCAUCCCCACAUUCAUAUAUACAACAAGUCAAACGAAGCAGAAGCAGAUCUAAUUUCACUAGUAAGUGCGCGGGCGCAGAUCUCAUUCCCUCUGGUAGAUUAAUGGGUGCAGCUCAGUCCGUACAAGAGCCCGAAGAGAGCGAAGAGGAAGACGAAGAAGGAGAAGGAGGAGAAGAGGACGGCAUCAAUGGCGAGCCCAACAUUCGAAGUGGAUUGGAAUUGGACAAGGAUUUGAUCAAAAAGGUUUUAGAACAAGAGCCCGAGAUGCUCUGCCACGCAUCCGCUUCCCCUCUCUCCCCUCAGCUCUCCUCCUUCGGCACCCCGCGCCUGGGACCCUCCAUCAAGGUAUGGGACCCCUACAACGUCCUCGGCCCGCCUUCGCCUCUGCCCCCGCCUCCCGGAUUCUCCCGCAGCUUCUCGUCCAAUGCCAUGGAGGACGACCAAUUCGUCACGGAGGUGUUUUUGAUUAGUCACGGCGAGUGCGAGUUGAAUUUGAGGCCCGAUUUGGUGGGCGGGCGGUGCCCCCAGGCGGCUCUGACCCCCAACGGCAAGCGCCAGGCCAGGGCCCUGGCGGUUUUCUUGAACUCCCAGAGGGUUAGCUUCAGUGCCGUUUACUCGUCCCCGCUGGAUCGUGCGCGCUCCAUGGCGGUUUCUGUCUGUCAGGAAAUGAACUUUCCAGUUGGACAGAUACAAACUUCAGAUGCGCUUGCAGAGAUGAGUCAGGGGGAUUGGGAGGGGUGCCCCCGAUCUGAAAUAUACACAGCUGAAGUUUUGAGCUUCAUGGAAAGAGUUCAGCCUGAUUUCUCUGCACCAUCGGGAGAGUCACUUCGGCAAGUGGAAUUUCAAAUGGUUAGUUUUUUAAACGGGACAGUCCUUGGGCUUCCAGAAAAGUUGAGAGCAUACUACUCAUUCUCAUCACACAAUCAGAAUGAGAGUCAAGGCUUUGCACACCAUAGUUCUCAUGUAUUAACCAACUCAGUUCAUGACCGAGAUGGGCCUUCCCUCCCUUCACCUAACUGGGAUCUGCUUCACAGGCAGCGGCAGGGGCUCUUAAGGAAAAAGUCUGGCAAGAGCAGGUUACAAGUUGUGACUACAACUGGAGUUCAGGAGGUUGAGGAUGAAAUUUCCCCUCGGGAUGUCACUCACCAAAGUUCCCCUCAUGAUUUAAGUGGGAGAAGCUCCUCUUCUGCGUCUUGUAUUGGUAUAUUCAGUCAUGCAGUGCCAAUCCAAUGUCUCCUCACAGGAAUCCUUGGAUGCAGCCCAUUAAUGUCGCAUAAGAUUUGCAUAGAAGACUCUUCUGUGACAGUUUUGCAGCAUUCAUGGAGAACCGGUUGGCAGAUAAAGAGGUUGAAUGAUACUGCACACCUCAGGCUUAUGUAGUAGUUAUAGACUUGGGAGUAUCAUAACUUGUUACAUUAUAUCGACAAUGCGAAAGUAAAGUUUCAUUUCCCGGGAUCAGUGGGUUACAAAACACGAUAGUUUUGCUUGAAUAUGCAAUGCCCUGCCAUUUGUUGUAACAUUUGCUCUAUUUAUUUCCGAAUUGUUCAACUCCGCAAAAGAAGAAUGACAUGUUGUUGGAGUUGGAUCCUUGUAUCGGGUGAUUCUUUUGAUUUGUGGCAAUUACAGGAGAUGGUGUGAAGAAUCAUGUAUUUCCUGUAUAUUUUAAAGAAAAUUCAUAAUUCAGAAACUUUGAUCAUGCAUUCA